UGUUCGUUUGAAGGUCACCGCAAAAACUGACAAUUGUGGCGAGAAUGCUGAAUGCUCCGGCAAGGGUGUAUGCUACUCGAAUUCCGCUAUGGAAGAGUAUGAGUGUCAAUGCUGCAGUGGUUUUGCUGGUCCGCAUUGUGAGGAGAUCGACGCCUGCACGCCAAGUCCAUGCACAAAUAAUGGCAUCUGCGUUGACCUCUCACAAGGACACGAAGGGAAUUCAUACCAAUGCUUGUGUCCCUAUGGCUACACAGGCAAAAACUGUCAAUACGAAUCCGAUCCAUGCAAUUCGGCUGAAUGUUUGAAUGGCGGCAGCUGCGUUGGCAAUUCAACACAUUUCAGAUGUGACUGCACUCCAGGCUAUACCGGCCCACUGUGCCAACACAGCCUCAACGAAUGCGAAUCAUCACCAUGUGUACACGGCAUUUGUGUGGAUCAAGAGGAUGGUUUCCGUUGUUUCUGUCAGCCGGGAUUCGCUGGUGAGCUUUGCAAUUUCGAAUAUAAUGAAUGCGAAUCGAAUCCAUGUCAAAAUGAUGGCGAAUGCAUCGAUCACAUUGGCAAUUUCGAAUGUCGCUGCACCAAAGGAUAUACCGGUGCGCGUUGUCAAAUUAAGGUGGAUUUUUGCGCCAACAAACCCUGUCCGGAUGGACAUCGCUGCAUUGAUCACGGAAAUGAUUUUAGCUGUGAAUGCCCGGGAGGACGCAAUGGCCUGGAUUGUAAUCAAAUGCCACGAAAGCAAUGCAACGAGAAUCUCUGCAAGCAUGGCGGCACAUGCUGGACCAGUGGCGCUUCCUUCUACUGUGCAUGCCGACCCGGCUAUACUGGAAAUAUGUGUGAAGAUGAGUUUGUGGUGGAGACCGUCGUUAGUUCCAGCGAGUUUAUGGUCGACGAUACGAGCGCCAGAAAUUUUAAUGAUAAAACUUUCGGUUCAUCGGUUGUGUUAAAGAGCCCCAUUGAAUUGCAUAAUGCUUACUUUGGUGCGGGAGUAUUGGCUGCAGCCGUAUUCAUUGUUGCCGUUGUGGUCGCCAUCUGUCACUGCAAGGUUAAUCAGACAUACCGUAAAUUCUCAACACGUUCUUCCACAUUCUUUCCCAUUCUGGGCUUCGGGCGACGCAACAAAUCCCAAAGCAAACUCAACAAACACUGGCUAAGCGGCAAGGGACUGGGCGGUGGCGGUGGCGGCGGCAGCGGUGCUGGCAAUGGUGUCGGUUCAUUGCGCUCAUCCGGCUCCACGACAUCGCUGACGCGCGGACACCUGCCCUCAGCGCACAACGGUGGAGGUGGCGGUAGCGGCUUAGGCGGCGGUGGAGGUCAUCAGUCACAUCAGCGACAACAGCAGCUGCAGCAGCAACAGCUGGGCGGCCAAAUGCACGAGCGACCGUUUCAACGGCAUUUAGCGAUGAAUUUGGAGAAUGACAUGUAUUAUACAGUUGAUUUUAGUGAAAAUUCACAACACUCACCGUUAAUACAGUGAGGCAGAGAUAAACGUGCCACAGUGGUGGCGUCAACGGCCGUCAACAGUGUUGCCGCUGCUGCUGCUGCUGUGGGCAGAGUUGUGGUGCGAGCGCUGGUGGGCGUUGUUGGCAAUAAGGGGCGAACUAGAGCUAUUAUAGGUGAUGUACGUGUUGGUGGUGUGCGUGUUGAUGGGCGAAGAGUGGACGAUGCGGCAGCGACGGCGUUGUCGGCAAUGACAACGACAACGACAACGACGGCGAAGGCGACAGCAAGAAUUAGUGCUGAACGCACCAGUGAUGGUGCCAAAAGCAGUAAUUACACGAA